UCUAGUGUUGGUAAAUGUGCCAAUAUAUUGGUAAAAGAAAACUCAUGAAUUGGUCUUAUGGUUCUUUUCAAAGGCGAGACUUAAUUGUCUGUAUUAAUUAGAUUAUAAAUGUAUAAUGUAUUAUAAUAGUGGAAAAGUUUUCAAAGUUUUAAGUUGUAAAAUACUGAUGAAUCAUACUCGACUUGGGAUUUGCAAGAGUAAGGAUCUCUGGAUUCCCACAAUGACAGCUCAUAGAUCUCGUCUGCGCAAUGAAUGGUGAAGCCAGGUGUGGCGGCAAUCCUCUCUUAAAAUUAGUGCCCAGAAGAACCCUGGUAGCCAGACAUAAUGAUGACCUGAGUGCUGGACUUGACAGUCGCUGAAAUCUUGUGGCUUUAGCUAUCACCAUUAACAUGGGAAUUACUUUGUCUAAAAGCCCCCUUUCAUAAACCAAUCAACUGUGAUGGAUGAAGUGGAUUCCUCCACAAACUGGCUCUCCGCUGAUGAGGGCCAGGGCCGGACAAUAUGGCCUCGAAGCCAUACAACUUCCACCCUGUCAGCCUCGCUGUCACCUUCAUCUUCAGCGCCAUUAUUACCAGCAUCAUCAAUCUCACACACACCAUUCACCAUGCCGGCUCGACAACUUGAACAUAAGUUUGCUCCAAACUCGACAGUAACGCUGGAUUCAGGAUUUUUAAAGCAGCUAACUUACGGUUCGCGUAUACACACAAGAUCUCACAUUGAUACUCUGUCUGACUCUUCAAAACCAUGUGAACCACCGAGCUCCUGUCCUGAUACAGGCUACAGUGGCCUGACUGACUCUCUGUAUCCUGGAUUUCCCCAUGACCACGGGCCAGUCAGCCUCCCUAGCCCCCUGCUGUCUCUCAGCUCUGACUCUGCAUCCCUUCUCGACUCCCUCUCCAGCUGCAGCACAUCAUUCUCUCUUGCGUCACAGGAUUCAGGAUUUGACGAAGUAGAUGCACGCUUUCCCAAUCCGUCAGGUUUAACCAAUUCUAUGGAUAGUGAGCAGAGCUCAGCAAUAUUAGGCAGGACUUAUACCAUCUCGGGGAAUUCUUCUUGGAACCUUCCAGUAAAAAUUACUGAUGACCAAUCAGCCAAUAUGCGACAAACCAUGGAUAAUUACCAAUCUUCAAAGGGAGGUCAUUCAGAGAGUAUUCAGUCUACAAAGGGAAGUCACUCUUUAGAAAGUCACUAUUCCACAAAGGGAGGCUACUCAGUCCAGAAUCCAGGCAGUUACAGGGAAAGGCGGAGUAGUGGUUCCUCAGACUGGGGUGGUUUUGACAGGAAACAGAAGUACAAUGUCAUUAAACCAGCCGAGCUCUCAUUCCUGUUGAAAAAUGGCCUUGACAAGUACUUGCUGAUCGACUGCCGAUCUUUCCUGGAACACAACACAUCUCAUAUUCAACAGUCGUCAAACAUUUCAUGCACGAAGAUCUUAAAACGACGUCUUCAGUCGAAUAGGAUCUCAGUGCGAGACUUGUUAGUGCAGACAUGCCACGUGGAGGCUGACGACUUCUCUGAUGUCAUCGUUUACGAUCAGUGUACAGAGAAUCCUGCGCGCCUCACCGAUGACAACUUCCUGUCCGUGCUUCUCGACAAACUGGCCGACUCCUUCGACUCUGCAGCUCUGCUGAAAGGCGGGUUUCUGGCGUUCCAGACAAUGUAUCCAUCGCUGUGUGAGAACAAGACCAGCAGCUACCGUUGCGCUGGGCUGACCUCCCUCUCCCAGCCGUGUCUGCCCGUCUCGAACGUGGGCCCCACCCGUAUCCUGCCCUUCCUGUAUCUCGGUUCCCAGCAAGACGCACUCUCCAAGGAUAUCACGCAGGUGAACGAGAUCACAUAUGUUUUAAACGUCAGCUCGAAUGGGUUGAAGCCGGACCAUAUUCCUGAUGGCCACUUCCUGCGCAUCCCCGUCAACGACAACUACAGCGCAAAGUUGAACCCGCACUUCGAACAAGCCUUCCAGUUCCUGGACAAAGUGCGGGAGGCAAAUGGAUGCUGCCUGGUCCACUGUCUGGCGGGAAUCUCCCGUUCCCCGACUCUCGCCAUCGCAUAUAUUAUGAAGCACCUCAAUAUGUCCUCUGAUGACGCCUACAGAUACGUGAAGGACAAAAGACCCACGAUAUCACCAAACUUCAAUUUCCUGGGACAGCUGUACGAGUUUGAGAAACAUCUGAAACGAGAGCGUGAACUAAACAACAAUGGCGCAGGGGAGAGCCCGGGAGAUCGGGCCUCUGACCCCUGGGUCAUGCCCUCCCCCACUUUCACCCCCAAUCCCCUCAAUGUCACAAGCAAGCGGGGCUUCUCCCUCUCAAGUGACUGUCUGAAAACUCAGGGCAUGUCUCAAAGUUGUAUUCCGGACAGAAAAGUGGUUCUUGAGAGACCCUCUGGAUUUUCUAUGAAGAAAUCGUCCUUUCAUUUAUCUUAUAAGAGUUCGAGUGAAAAUGAAAAAGAACUCAUUAGCUCCUCAGCUUCUCAAGCUGAUCGGAGGGAAGUCCACAAUCGACCUUGUGUUCUUAACUUAGGGCUGGACCUGCCCUCCCGACGCGUGCCUUUGUCUCUUAGUAAGGGGCGAGAAGGGACCAUUGCGCCCUCAAAAUCCCUCUCGGACAUAAAGGAAGCUUCAGAAACCCCCUCCCCUAUUGUAAACUCAAAAUCACAGGAAAAUGUGCAUACUACCUCAUUUAAACUGUACACAGAAUCAGAGAGUUCGAAAGAGCUCUUGUCUCCAUUUCCUUGUGGAGAGACAACCAUACCUACAAAGUCACCACUGGUCACUGAUGCUGACCGAGUACCAUAUUCAGGGACAAAAAACAAGUCUACAAACCUCUCAGAAUAUUCAAGUGUUGUGAAAAUUGAAAAAUCAAAACAUUGGACCUCAAAAAGUGCAACUACAUCCUCAUUAUCUAGUCAUUUGGAAUCAAAAUGUUCAUCAGAUUCCCAGAAAGUGCCGAAGACUACACGCCCCCUGUCUCUACAGAGCCCCGUGAGACCGGGAGGCAAGAGACCCAUAAGGAACUCAUUAACCCUCCCCCUUUCCCCGGUGUCAACGUCAGACCUGUCACAGGGGUCGGAAACCGAUUCCCCUGAGUCAGGUUCUUUCGGGAACUUUGAACCGUCUGCUUGUAAAAUUGAACGAAAGUUGUGUUCGGUGCCAAGUUCUCGGGAUUUACGACACAUAGGAAACAUUCCAUGUUUUGUGCAGUCUGUUGCUUCUGCCAGCACUGUGACUACAACCCAAACGGUGAAACUGAAGUCGUUCAGCUUGUCGGCCUCACUACCCCUUUCCCUGAUGGCUCAGUCCCCAACCACCUCACUGGCCAGGCUCCACUUCGAGAGUGCAGAAAACAGUGACAAUGAAUCUGAUAGUAACAAAAUGGACAUUGAACAAGAGGAUUGUACUCAAUCUUCAGAGCAUGGUCAUAAAAGAAUGAGUCGAAAAUCGUUAAACGACAGCUUGGAAAGACUUAGCAGUUUCCCAUCUACCUCUCUUGAUAAACUGAACUUCACACCAUGUUUGUCGAGCUCAAAUGAAAACCUAUUGUCCAGUAGUCCUUCCCCACGUACAUCAGGGGUCAAGCGACCUCUGAACAUGGACAUUGCAGAUAUAAAGGACUCUGAAGCCUCGUGUUCCUCAGCUGGUGGCAGCACUGCAUCGUCACCCACAUCCUCCUCUGGGCUGAAGACAUCUGUGAGAAAACGUGACGGGCGGGGCAAGCGCCCCUCGGUCCGACCAAAUAGUAUAGCUUUUUCAUCAUAUCCGACCUUUGACAUUGGCUCAGAAGGUCAGGAUUCGCCACAUUCAUCGUGUAGUUCAGCUUCUCAGGACGACACGUCGGACAUGUAUGCACAGAAUGGGAAAAAGUUGAAACCCUCCGAAUACAUGACUGAUGUACGAUUUAGACUAGGACGUUACUCGGAACGUGAAGUGUACAGACAAAUAACGGCUGCAAUGGAAGCUGCAAUGAUGAAGUCUCAAUCGUUUGAAGCCACUCGCAAGUCCCGUAGCCUCGAUGACAUUCUAAGCUCGGAAGAUGAUAGCUCCGCCCCAAAUUCUCCGAAGGUCAGCAGGCUGAGUGUAGCACCAACGUCAAUGAUUUAGUCAUGCAGCUGCUUCAACAACAAUACCAACAACAACAACAACAACAACAAGAUGAUAAUGAUAAUGAGGAUGAUUGGGAUGAUGGCCUGCUUGCUACAGAUAAUAUGGAGAUGACCCAUGACAAAAGAUAGUUGUUUCAUUCAUUGAAAACACUGUGAUUCAGGGCUUAAGAUGAAAGUUGAUAAAUUCUGAUAAUGUUGUGGAAAUAAACUAAAUUGUUUUAUUGUUAUUGGUACAUUUAGGGGUAUUUAAAAUGAAGGAUAUGGUUUACUUGCCAUUUGAACUUAAAAUGAUUUCUAUUUCUACAAUCAGGGCAAGAAAGAUUUUAAAUUUAUUAUCAAGCAUUCUUUAAGAAUCUUAUAAGUAGAGAAUGACAAAAGGUUCAUUUUAAAACAAUUUAUGUGAUUAAAAAACUAGGGUAAUUUAAAGAGGGUAAAAAAAGAAUAUAAUUACUUAGAAUAUCUUGAAUAUUAAAUCUGUACUAACUACCAAAUACUUAGCACAGUAUUCAAUAAAAAUGUGAUCAAAACUUGUAGGACACCAAUGCAAUUGACACCCAUGAGCAUAUUUAGUUGAAUGUUAAUAUGCAGGGGCGUAGCUUGACUACCUUUGAUGUUAAGAUAUUCCUACAGGCAUUUUUUCUCAUCCUACUGUUUGCAAAUGAACUUAGCAUUUCAAGUUCUUGAUACAUUAAAUGAUCAUGGCUUUAAAUGCCCCAAUCCAAACGAGUGAAUUUCAAAUCAAGUGCAACAUCAAUAAGCCUUCGGUUGCCUCACCACAUCAAAGUGAACGGACUGCAGUCAUCAGCGAUUUGGCAUACCUGGUGUACAAUGAUGUAACACCUUAAAAUUACUGCUAUAGAAGCGGGCUCAUUUCCCCAUAGAGCAUCCAUACAUGUACAUCUUGCAUUGGUUUCACUUUAACUGACCAAAUAAAUCAUUAUUAUUAUUAUAUAAGCUUUAAAUUACACUUACAAGGAUGGCACUGUAACAAGUAAAUAUCUUCGAAGUGCCAAAAACUUAACGUUCAAAACCGUUUCUGGGGCAGUACAAAAUUAAUGGACUCUGCAUUGCAAAAUGACAUUAUGAGCUCAAUUUUGAAUUUCAGGUGAUGAGUAUAUGCUUUGCUGAGUUCAUUUGCAUACAGUUGUAAUUUGUGUUUCAAACCAAAAUGUCUGUGUCACUGUUUUUGCCCAUAUCAUGAGCAAACUACCACUGUUCAAGUAUUAUAAAUGUAGUGAUAGGAUUAUGGAAACCUUCAAUGGGCGGGGUUUAGAGAAGAGCGGGACCAUUUAACUUCCAAAGGCAGGUAUAACAUUGAAAUCAGGCAAGAAAAUAAUCCAUGUGUUGUGAAUUGUUUCCUAUACUUAUAAUAAACUUUUUUUUUAUGAAAUAUCAUCCUCCUCUGUUCUCUUAAAGGGACUUGCUCAUGUUUUUGGACCGAUGAAUUUUUUUCACCAUUACGCAUCUGAAAACACUGAUAUCAUAAUUAAUUUACUUAAAUUAAGUGUAAAAAAACUCUGUUUUAAUGGGGAGCAAAACAAUGCUGAUACAGUCAAAAAAAAAUAGUAAACUGACAACAAAACCACUCACCCACGAGGACUCUUACACAAUAAGGAGGAAUAAUUUAACCUUGAAGCCUUUUGUUGAAAAGCUUAACAAACCCUUUUAAAAAUCGUGGACUUCAAAGACAAUAUUUGAGCAUAUAUCAACAUUUGUUAAAGAGUUCUUUAAGUUUUAACAAUCCUAAUGAUUUGCCUGACUUUAUUUUGCAAUAAAAGAGUGCAUGUUACAAAACAUGAGCGAGUCCCUUUAAAAUAGAGACUUAUCUAAAAACAUGAAAAUUAUUGUUGCAAAUGUUCAUUUACUUGAAAUAUUGUCAUUUUUUUAUCUAAAUGAAUUAUUUUUAAUUAUUUAUUUAUACCAUACAUUGGUUCAUUAUCAUAUAAUUAAACAAAUACAUCAUGUCUAUAAUUGAAAUGUAUCGAUGCACUCACAAAUUUUUUCUCUUAAUAUGUAUCCAUCUCAUUAAUUAAUGAUGAAUAAUAAUAAAAUUUCUAAACCUAAAACUAUUUCUAGGACACCAGUAUGAUUAACAAAUGCGGAAAUGGAAAAAAAAGCAUUUAAAGGAGUGAUUUAUUUAUUUUGCAUAGAAAUAUUUUUAAAAAAUCUGUGAUUAUUGUGGUCCUAAGUAAACUAUAUAAUUUUGUUUGCUCCGGUCUUUUUCAGACACACUAUUACAAUGAAACUGUAAUAUGGAAAAUAUACUUUAGUUUUGCGUUCGACUUUUUCCUUGCCUUUGUUAUUGCUUUACUAAGGAGGUAAUAGAUAAUUUUUGCUUUCUCAUAUUUAUUAGCAUAAGAUUUGAUUCAACCACCCUUACGGUAAUUACCUACCUUUUUUAACCAAAGACGAAAUACAUUGAGUCCAAGUCAGUUGUAAAGGGUUAUCAAAUUAUUAGUAAAUCUUACAAUUGAUCGAAGAGUUAUGAAAUAUAUCUGGGUAGUUCAGCAUCAUGUUAUGUAGCUUGUCUUAUUGAAAUAUGGUAGUUAUCGAUGUUUUAAGUUUAUAAAAUACAUACAUGAAGUUCAUGAAUAUUAAUGAUCUAGGCAUGAAUUUUAAUGAGGUAGGUGUGACUAUUAAUGAUGUAAGCAUGAAUAUUAAUGAGGUAGGCUUGGCUUUCCGAAACUAAGGUAAAUGCCAUUAUAUACUUAAACGAGAGGCUCUCUGAGUUAUUUAUUUUAUUGUUAUUUUUUAAAGUCAAGUGAUAAAAUGAAUGUUGAUACAUUGAUUUUGAAUUCAAUUUAUAUUUAUUUUAUCUAUAUAUAGUUAGCUGUUAUUGUCUUUGUUAGAAUUUAUUCAACCUGUUCCUGGUUUUCUUUGCGUAUAAACCUCAGGCUAUAACGUGACUAGUUGUAAAAUCUCGUUAAGGUAAUUCGAACCUCAGAGAUUUUGUUGUAUAGAAAGAGUUAAAACUUUUAACUUGGCGAUAAAUUGAAAAAUAAAUAUUAGUACCGGUUAUGUGUUUCAAUUCUAAAAUAUAAUAUCAUGGAGCUAAAUAAUCGUUUUCAAAAAAUUCUCUAUUACAUUAAAGACAUCCAAAAUCCUGCUUGGAAGUUGAGCUAUAAGUGUUACUAUCUGAGAUAUCUUGUCGACUAACUACAAUCCUUUCAACUACGUAAACUCACCAUUUAAAUGAUCAGGUUAAAAGGAAACAUGACUAUGUAGAUUUUUUUGCGACUUUUACUACGACUGAGAUUCGAAUUACCUUGAUCAAUCUUGUGAUUUGUUUAUGCCCCUUUAAUGUUUUAGAUGGGGUAAUGUUAGAUUUAUUACCUCAUCAGUUGUCAACGAAAUAUAGUUGAGUUAUUGUCAUAGCCAUGUUGUCAUCAGCAGCGACAACAACGUUGUCCUGCAAAAGCUUUGAAGUUGGAAACUUAACAUGGAACUUGGUGCAUAUGCUCACCAUUACUAUAUCGACAGGUUGAGCAAGUUCCAAAACUCUGGCUAAAAGAUUUGUAGAGUUAUGCAGCAUAUACAUCAAGUUGAUCAGCCGAGAAAACGGACGGGCGGUGGCAUCCAUCUCCGGUGCCCUGGUAAUUAGCAAGCACUUAUUCUCCUGUUUUUCUCCUUCAACUUGCAUUUAAAAGAUGAAUAGUUAAAUCUUAGAUAUUUCUGUGUUAUUGUUGUUAAAAUGAAUUGAUUUGGAAAAAGGGGACUUAACCCUGCAUUAUGCUUUAAAACUGUUGACAAUUAAUCAUUCGUAAAUCAAAGUUAGUUACAUUCAUUUACAAGUGUUAUUUUUGACAGUUAAUUUUCUAUUCUACCUCAUGCAAAAUCAUUAUAUGUUGUGGAUUUAGAAUUAAAACAAUAAACCUUGUGAAGUAAAGGAAGAAUUGCUUGUUAUUUGGGAUAAAAAAAGAACUACGAAAUAUUUAUCAGGCUUUAAGCUGCACUUUCUCAGAUUGACAGUUUUGUCAUUUUUUUUAUAAAUUUUUUGUUUCAGAAUCAGCUGGUUUUAGUAUCAAUGCCUUCAAUUCAGUCAUAUAAGAUUACUCACAAUAUAAUAGAUUGCAAUUGUUCGAAAUACAACCGGAAAUUUCACUUUUCUUAAAGCGUUAUUAAUGCUUUUAGCCAUGAAAAAUCAGUUUUCGACCAUAACUAUGAACAACUGCAAUCUUAUUUUAAAUCAGCCAUCUGAUAUCGCUGGUUUUGAGAGUUUUACACAAAAAUUGGCUCAUUCCAAGACAAAAAAAUAUAUAAAAAGUUGUCAAAACGAUUAAUCUAUGAGAGAGGGGCUUUAACUAACAUUAACAAAGAACCAGUUGUGAAAUUACAAGUUAUCUGUGUUAAUUGCUAAAACUAGAAUAGUAUUAUGUUCCUCAACGAGGGUGUAACCCCUUCCCCCUUUUUGGUACGCAGUUUUCAGGGACUUUUGUAAUGAGUACUCAGGACUGAAGAGGGUGGUACCCAGUACUCAGAAACUAAAAAAUAUGCAUUAUUUGGUACUCUCACUCUCAAAAUAGUUUAAUAUUAUUUGUGACGCAAAAUUCAGGUAGAAAAUGAAUGAGUAUUCAGUACACUAGGGGGAGGGGGUUACGCCCCCAUCAGAAUCAUUACAAACCAUUUUUCAUGUAUUUAUAACAUAAUUGUUCGUUUUUACUGUGACAACAUUACUCUGACUGCAAUUGCAGAUUUUAUUAAAACGAUUGUGCAAUAUGACAUGUUUUUUUAAAUGUUUUGAUAUUUCCUUAACUUCAUCCAAAUCAAACCCAUUUCAUAGAUUACUAUGUUGACAUAUCAUGUGAACCCAAUGUGUUCCGCCUUUUGAUUGGAUAGUGAAUUCUGGCGCUUCAGAUAAUGUUGACCAGUAAGUGAAAAAAGAAAAAUUGCAAAAUUCUACUAGUUUUGUACUUAUUUUUUUUGGGGGGGGGUUGACUACUUUUUGUGCACUACUUCAUCCAUGUAUGUGUACAAUGAAAUAAAGAGGUUGCCAAAUGCAACUUGUACAUGAACAUGUAUGUAUGGACUACUUUUUGUGCACUACAUCAUUCAUGUAUGUGUACAAUGAAAAAGAAUAGUUGACAUAUGCUACUUGUACCUGAAAAUGUAGACUACUUUUUGCGCAAUCUAACAUUAUCAAUGUGUACAUUACACAAGUCUAAAAUAGCACUAGGAAAGUAAUUUUUGCAACUCUCAGCAAGUCUACAAGUACAAAUUUCAAGAGUUUUUGCAAAAAAAAAACACAUUUUUUUUAACUUAGCUGCAACUUUUAGCUGUAAAUGUAGCUACACAGACAAGUUACACAUAAUCAUCAUGUUACUUAACCAACCUCUCCGAUGUAAUCCUAAUAAAAAUAAAAUAAAUUUUCAGAACAACAUAUAUUUUCACUAUCCCGACAUUAUUGAAGGUCAUUAUGGCCAGAAUUCACUAUCCAAUCAAUUUGAAGUACCCAUUUACUUAUGAACUUUCAUUGGUUUAAUAUUUAAUCAUUAUGUCUCCAUAUAUUGUCACUGAUACUUGAAACCUUUGUUUGUCCGUUUGUAUUACAUAACAAUAAAUUCUGUUAAGUGUU